GAGCCGCGCGGUUCCGACGCGGCUCCUUCUCUAACAUGAGCGGGUCCCUGCCGCGCAGAGCGCGCGUAGCCCGGCAGCGCCUAGUGGAUUACAGCAGCCGCCCCGGCCGACCGCCGCCUCCAGCUCGGCACCUCCGGUUCGGGACCGUGAGAAACCGCCGCUGUAAGUACCUUCCCGUUUCUUCCGAAUCGAGAAGGGGCGGUAUUGAUAACUGGGGUGGUAGGGGCGAAGGGCCGCGCCAGAGGAGUGGGCGGGUGGAAGAGCAGUCCUGCCUCCCCAGGCCUGACUGUGAGAGGGGAGCUCGAGCUGGAGGUGGAGGAUCUAAGUUGGACUCUUGGAAAAAUUUUCUGGGGCCUGGUUUACAGUCACCUAAAGUAAGGGAACGGGCCGCGGCCUCUCGCCCUUGUCUCCUUGGACCUCCCUGGACUUUCCCGGCCUUCCCAGACCUCCCCAGCUCGCACAGGUGCAGCUCCGCCGCAGCGAACGCGUCUGUGAAGAGCUUGCAGCUAAUUAGCAGCCCGCCCUAUUAACAAGUCGCGGCGAGCAUCGCUUUCUGCUCGAAUCAACCUGCUGAACACCCAGGCAGCGCGAUCCCCCUUUGCCGCCCAACCCAGCUCAACCCGGUUCAGCCUGGCCCAACCUUCUCUAGUUUUUUGUAAAAAGAAAACAAACAAACAAACAAAAAACCCGCAACCCUCUGUGGCUGCGGGUGUGUGGGGUUGGCCGGCUUCCGGGAAGGGCUGCGAAUUCUGAGCUUUACGUGGAAGUCCCUCCUCCCCCCUCCCUAGGCCCCAGCCCCAGCCGCGGCGGUUUAGGCCCUGGGUUGGGGAACUGCGGCCGAGCGAGGAGGGAGGGAGGGAUACGGCCCUUCUAGUUCACCUCUGCUUCUCUAUAACUGCAAUUUGAGAAUUUCUGCGCCUGAGCCGCUAGCGUUGCAGGCAGACGUGGCGGGGGGGGGUGCGGGGGGGGCAGAGAUUCUUGGGGUCUUGGGCUUGGAAGUUUGGAUCUUUCUGAGUUGCAUAUGCCGCAGAAGACAGGUACAUUUCUGAGGAGGCCUGUGAAAUCUCCAGGAAGGCUCUCUCAUUAAGAUGAUGGUAGUGGGGAGAGAAUCAAGGAAAGACCAGGGGCCCCUCCCUCAUGCAAAACGGAGCUGAUUUUAUUUUCAUAGGAGAUGGAAUGUGCGAAGAUGUUAGGAACCAGGCACCCUCCCUCCCUGGUGAGACAUCCUCUCUCUAGGGUCCGGGAAGCUAAGGCUUGGCUCUGGGCCAGGUUUCUGCCCUCCAGGCUGGGCAGCCUAAUCGACUCGCUGGGGGCUGUGCCAACACCCCAGGAGUGGAGGUUCCGCCCAGUACAUAGUUCACCUCUAUGAAUCAGGCUGUCUCAAGUGAAACAGGGCUCAGGGCUCCAGGCUGGAAAAUCCGGUGUCCCCAGGAACUCCUGGUCUUGCCUUCUUCCUGAAGCUGCCCUGGCUCUGGGUGCUUAUCUCUGUGGAUGCUCCUUGCUUGCAAACCCACGAUCAGCACCCUGUAGCUGAACACAGCACAAAAAGCCGGAGACAUCAAAAGCAUUUGUAUGGGCAGUUGGGCGGGAGGUGAAUAUUUAAUGCUUUUGUUCAUCAAUAACUCAUUGGCUUUGACCUGUCUGAACAAGUUGAGCAAUAAGGUGAAAUGCAGGUCACAGCGUCUAACAAAUAUGAAAAUGUGUAUGUACCCUCACCCGGCUCCCCACCUGUCCCAGCAGCCUCCUCCAAUUUGUCUGGAUAAAGCCUAGGCCCAAGGUCCCCAGGAAGGCAGGUGUGUGGGAGCUCUUGGCAUUAGAGGAAGUUGGGGGGAGCCCCCCUGGGACAAGGGGGCUGGGUGUGGGGCAGCCUCAGAGCUCUUGUUAGAAUUGGCACCCAGGAUAUCCCUACAAAAUAGCCAAAGCACUGGACCCAGAGGAUGGCGGUGGGGGAGUGAGCAGGGAGCGUGCACAGUGCAGAGUAGGAGAAGCCAGCCAAUUUUGCCAGGCAGAGGGGGGCUCCACCGCACCAGGCCCAGGUUGGGGCUUGAAAAUAAUUUUUGAAUCAUGAGGGUAAAAUCAAAACAAUCAAAAAAAUUUAAACACCUCUAGCCUACAGUCAGGGAUCCAAAAGCCCCACCCGAGCCCGGGCAUCCCUCUGCCUCUGAAACCCAUUCGGGCCCUGAGUGCUCUUGGUGCCCUGAAGCGAGGGGUGAGCCCUGGACUGCGCUGGGGCGGGCACAACUCGUGAACUUUUGUACUCUUGUGUGCUGCUGUCGGCAAAGCAAAAAUAAUGAAACUUUGUGAUAUGUUUGUAAAUGAUUUCGAGUGACCCCUUGCCCUGCCCUUCACCAUUAGUGCGCCGGCCCCAGCCCAGGGCAGCUCGGUGCCUGCAAGCGGCGCCUGCCUCGGGGUCUGCAGCAGCAGCCGGACGGAGAGGCCAGCCGGGCUCAGGGCCCUGGAAGGUAAAUGCGCGACUUCUUGGAGAACUAGCUUUGUCAGCCAACCUGGCUUGCCCUGACAGUGGGCAGAAGAAUGAGCAGAGGAUAUUCCCUCUUGCCUCUUUUUCUUCUGCCAUUGAGGGCAUUUGCUCCUUUCUGGAAAAUACCACUUGCUAAGGGAGUGGGGGUUAUGUGGAUCCGGAGAGGGGGGUAAUAAAGCCGCCAUUUCUGGGAUGGAUUAUUUUUCUUCUUUUCUUUCUUUCUUAAGAAGACUGUCCUGACUCCUUGGCUGCUUGGUAACCCCGGCCCUGGUACAAGGAUGGGGAACUCGUUGCUGCAAAUUGCCACCAGGCGCUUCAGGCUACCUGAACCAUCUCUGAAAGGCAGGGUGGCCGCGUUGGGCUGGUGGCGGCUCCGAGGAAGAGGCGGGGGCUGGCAACGGCCUGGGUACUCGCUCUGGGUGGAACCCGGAGGUAGUAACGUUGUCUAUAUAUACCCUGUAGAACCGAAUUUGUGUGGUAUCCACGUAGUCACAGAUUCGAUUCUAGGGGAAUAUAUGGUCGAUGCAAAAACUUCACAUUUCUCCACAAUAGCCAGAAUUAGAACUGGAGGCCAGAGGCAGCCGGCGGGACAGUCGCCUCUUUCUGUUUUAUUACCUUGGACUCCAGGUGGAUCGUCUGAGCCUGGUGACAUAGAGCAGCCUUUUCCUGGAGAAGCUCCUCACCUUUAAACAGGGCCCCCUGUGUAAAACCCUAAUUGGUUGCGUGAAUGCAGGGCCAGAGGGUUAGGUUUGGGGGCACUGGGGAGCAAGGUGGGAGUCCAGGUCACCCCAGCCCCAGGUCUGCCCUCCAGGGGCAUAAAGUUGGAGGGUGCUCAAUGAAGGGCCUCAUUGGCCGUUACUGCCAUGUGAGAAGAAGGUGAGCUGGGCAGAAGGAGUUUAGGGUCCUUUGGGGUCCAUUUGGGUGAGCUGGGGGUGCCCUCACCACCUUCCUGGGCUACCCUUCAGCUGCCCUGGCUAGAGCAGCACGGGGGCUUCUUGCCAUACCAGCAAGGGCCAAGAUUUGGCUGGAAACACCCCGGCCUCGAAGAAAGCUUGGCAGUUACUCAUUGCCUAAUUUGAUUCAGGCCAGCCAGAUUGUAGUAACUUUUGGGUGACCCUGAUGAAGACAAAGCCGGGAUUCGGCCUUUGUAUGGCAGAGUCCCCGCUCCGCAGGCUGGGCGGGCGGGAGUCCUGCCUGCCUGGGGUUCUCUGCCCAACUCAGAAGCCACCUCUUCCGCCCACUUUUUGAUGCCAUGCACCCUGACAGAUAUGAGGAUUCAUUCCCGCUUGAACUGUGCCCAUUUUGGGGGGCUGAUUACAGGCGGGGUGAGUGGCAGGGGCACUGGAGGUUAGCAAAGUCAGUGGCAGACAAAAGCUGGGGUUACCUGUGGGGAAUGAGGAUGCUGGGAUUAGAACUACUUUAACAUCUGGCGGGGGCCCUCAAAUGUGCCACGGCAAGUCACUUGAUUACACGUAUGUUAUUUAGUUAAAUUUGUGAAAAUUAUGAGAUGCUCACCAACCCGGUGAUAAACUCACUCCCUCGCUAUUGGCUGGUCUGGUCACAUGGCCGCCAACUUUAUUCAGUUGACAGCAAGUAGGAGGGCCCUAUGGAAGGAGAAAAAAAGACAACACGAGAAAAAUUAGUAUUUUCUACCUUCUGAAAUUAAUGGCCAUGAGUUCGUAUAUGGUGAACUCCAAGUAUGUGGACCCCAAGUUUCCUCCGUGCGAGGAAUAUUUGCAGGGUGGCUACCUAGGCGAGCAGGGCGCUGACUACUACGGCGGCGGCGCGCAGGGGGCCGACUUCCAGCCCCCGGGGCUCUACCCACGGCCCGACUUCGGUGAGCAGACCUUCGGAGGCGGCGGCCCCGGGCCUGGCUCGGCACUGCCCACGCGGGGUCACGGGCAAGAACCCGGCGGCCCCAGCGGCCACUACGGUGCCCCGGGAGAGCCGUGCCCCGCGCCCCCGCCCCUGCCCGGCUCCCGGGCCUGCAGCCAGCCGGGCGGCCCCAAGCAGCCGCCCCCUGGGACGGCCCUCAAGCAGCCGGCCGUGGUCUACCCGUGGAUGAAGAAGGUGCACGUGAAUUCCGUGAACCCCAACUACACCGGCGGGGAGCCCAAGAGGUCCCGGACGGCCUACACCCGGCAGCAAGUUCUAGAACUGGAAAAGGAAUUUCAUUUUAACAGGUAUCUGACGCGGCGCCGUCGGAUUGAAAUCGCUCACACCCUGUGUCUUUCCGAGCGCCAGAUCAAGAUCUGGUUCCAGAACCGGAGGAUGAAGUGGAAAAAAGAUCACAAGCUGCCCAACACGAAAGGCAGGUCCUCGUCGUCGUCGUCUUCAUCCUCCUCCUCCUCUUGCUCCUCCUCAGCUGCCCCUGGCCAGCAUUUGCAGCCGCUGGCCAAGGACCACCACACGGACCUGACGACCUUAUAGAAGUGGGGACCCUGGGCCCAUCCCUCCCUGAGCUCCCGGCUGAGCCGAAGCUGUGGGGGCAGGCCGGGCCUGCUGUCACCUCCCUGGGCUCUAAGGUACUGUAGGGUGGACCUGGGACAGGCAGGCCUAACCUCGGACUAGGUUAGCACCCUGCCCGAGGGUAGCCCCCUCCCUGGAGCGGGGAUGGGGGUCGGGGGGGUGGUGGGAUUCUCUCUCUAAGUAUAUUAUCAAAUGGCAGGAGCUACUGGGAACAUAAAACCUUGGCGAGUCAUUAAACUCCUGAAAAUCUCCGCUGUUGGAUUUUGAAUUUGCAAAUGAAGGUUGGAUGCUUUAUCCCAGUGUGAAUUUGAACAUCCUCCCCGCCCCCCCACCCCUCCAGGGAUCUUUGUGGUUUCAUAAUGUGGGCGUGUUGAAUCAGAAGGCUGGCCACCCUUGCGCUAGGUGCUUUCAGUGGAAGCAGGAGGGCUGGGCCAGGAUUUCUGAACUUUCUGGGUUGUCUGUAUAAUUUCCAGUGUGAAAAAAAAUUUUUUUUGCUCCCAGUGGCCCCAUGCCCAAAGAAAUGAGUCUAAGAAGGAAGUGCAAACGGGUUGUUGUAUGUUUAGAUUAUAUUUGCUUAAGUAUUUAUUUGUUGGGGAAUUGGGGUGCAGAAAUAACUGACAUCUUAUUGCCAAAAAACUUACCAUGGUGAAAGGGGCUGGGUUUCAGGGAGCAGAAUCAAGAGAUGCGUGGACUUACUUCUGGCUGUAACCGGCAUUUUGAACUCCACCCCCUCCCCACUCCCCGGAAAUGUGUGUAGGGGGCCCUUAACCCUUCUAGAGGGAAGCAAAGGAUCCACUCAAAGUUGAGUUCCUGAAAAUAUAUUUCCACAUGUGCUUUUCUCAGCACUGUGCUUACAACCAGUUCUGGGUGAUUAAAGGAAAGGGAAAAAAGAAAGAAACAAAUGGUCCAACAUUUUCCUUCUGGGGAAAGAAAACAAAACCUCUGUGUUCUGGGUCAUUAGAUAAUGACUGAAUUUUCUGUUCCAACUGGAUUCCAAAUGUCCCCAAAUACCCCAUAUAGCAGUAUUUUAUAAGCAUUGGUGUAUGGCCUGCCUAUAUGAAAGAGGGAAUGUGCAUUGGGGAGAAAGUGGGAAGGUGAGGAAGUCUUGCUGUAAAAAAUGAAAGAAAAACUAAUUGAAUCUAGAAGUCCACAAAAGUUGGUCUUAGGGUUUUUUCCCUAAGUUUUAAUUUUUUAAAAAACAAAUCUAAGGAAGUUUUCCUCAACCCAUUAAUUAGCAGAAUUUGUGAAAGUAUAAAAGUUUUCAGGCCCUCUCCUCUCCCUUGCCUUGAGAAUAGUGGUUUAAAAACAAUCGCUCUCAAACAACAGGAGAGAUGUUCUUUAGUCAUUUUUCUUAUGCCUUGCCUGGGAAGGGUUCAAAGCUCACUUUUCUAAAAUGUUGACCCUUAAGGAUAAGGGAAAGAGUCAAAGGUAAUGGCCAGAGUUCAUAGACUCAAAUGAAACAAGGCUUCAGAAAUUUAAACCGCAAAGCCUCGGGCUCCAAAAAGAAACCCCUGGUUGUAGCUACCGAAAAGUCACAAAAGUGGGGAGGGAGAGGGGGUGAGCUUGAAAAGGAGAUUCAGAAUUGGGGCUAUUUUUUCAGUGCUUGAGAACACUUUAGAAGAUUUCAGAGGUAAUUUUUAAAAUAUAUUUAAGUGUAGGGGGAAAAAGACUUUCUCUACAGGCAUGUUCUUUGGUUCUGUGUCUCCUGAGAGCUGAGGGCAGGUAUUCACUGGAGUCCCUAGGCUGAAAUUCCACUUCUCUAAAGUGUCUUCCAAGCCUUGCUCUUUUGUAUUAGACCCUAGGGACAGCUCUUUGUUCCUCCUUGGGGUGAGCCUGGCUCUCAGACUUGCACAUGGCAAUACUUGAAUAUCGCCACGUCGGGAUAUUAAAGAUGGAUAUUCCUGCAUUAUUCGCAUCAUUGUUUCUAUGACAAAAAGCACAGAGUUCAUACAUAGUCAAGACGUCUUUUUUCUGAUGCCCUCACGUUGAGAAGCUGAAAAGGUAUUUUACUGAAGUUCGGCUAAAUUACAGAAUCAGGUUCAUCCAGAGGACAAAUUUUCUAUUCGAUUAGCUGUAUUUCAGCCAGGAGGACUGACCUCUAAACCCUUAACCUUUUGGACUCUAACUACCCUUCUCUUCUUUUUUUCCCCCUCGAACAUGGAGAGCAGUCUUUGGAUGUAGGAUUUGAAAAGGGCCGCUAUCCUUAGGCAAGUUGGAAAGUUGCUCAGAUUCUUUCCUAAAACCCGAAUCUGUGAAUACAUUGAACCUUCUCCUUGGGAGGGGGUAGUAUAUAUUUUCACAACAUCCAACUACAUAUGUAUUGCAAAGAUUAUUAUAUAGAUUUCCCCCUUCCCAGAAGUUCAGGUUACUCACUCCAGCUUCAGACCAAAUGCCAAACUACUUAACUGCCUUCACCCCUGCCCCAGAGGAAAGCCAAGAGGCAUGUUUUGAUGAAGAAAACCCAAGGUUCUUCUUAAAAAUAGCCCCACUACUUUGGAAAGUAACUUAAUCAGAGAAACAACUUGUUUGUUUAUAAGUCUCACUUCUCCUUCUCCUCUUCUAGGGAUUGUCUUUUGAAAUGUUAAUGGAGCCUGGAUGGCCCAGAGGGCGGCCCUCAACCCUGAGGUCCCAAUCGGACCCCAGCGUCCAUUUGGGCCCACAGGAGUGGGGCAGGGAAGAAGCAGGGCCCCCCAGUCACCUACGGCAGGGAAGGAAAUGAGUUUCCAUCUGGGAACGUACUCUGGAGAAACCUAGAUGUAGGAAGCCUCAGUGCCCAUUUGCUUUUAUUUGUUUCCAGUUUGUUCCCCCAAAUAUGAGCCAGAAGUGUUUGUUUUGAGUUUUUUCAAUGGUAUGUUGGGGUCGUGACUGGGGGGAGUGAAGUGUUUGGCGAGGACAUUGCUCCUCAGACUCCCAUCUCACUUUGUCCAUUGCAGCCUUUUGUUGGGCGAUGACAUUGUCAGUCAGCCCCAUGGUGUCUGUUCACACAAGAUGCUUUUUUAAUAGAAUUGACCAAUGUUCUGCUGCCACUGAUUAAAGUAUUAUUUAUACUAAUUGUUGCCUGUAGUUUUGAUGUAAUUCAUUGAUCUAUAUUUGAAAUAAUAAAAGGUGUAGCGAAAUCUCC